AUGGUCUGGAUCCCCGGCCUCACCAGCAACGCGGUCCUCCCGCCGCGGAUCCAACACCUACUGAACCUCGGCGGCACGUUACUGGUGUGCACGCUCGGCAUGGUGGCGAGGUUCGUGGGCCUGGGCCCCACGUGGCCCGACCAGUCGGUGGUAAAAUUAGAAAAAUACGAGCGGCACCGGGGCAAGCGCAUUUUGCACGUCCUGCUCAUCGUCAAAGCAAGAAUAAUCGUGCUCGGUCUACUGUACGUAGUAGUACCACGGUGGCUCCCCGACUACCUUUUGAGAAAGGUGUGGUGGUGGGCCGGGUUCUGGCUUACAGCGACGACGUGGGGUCUGCAAGUCGGCGCCCUCGUCUCAGUGAUAGCUUAUUACGGCUGGAGGCACCGCUGCAGGAUCAUCGGCUCAUAUAUAGCGCCCUACUUCGUCGGAUUGGAGCUGGGAAUGACGGCCAUCGACCUUGACAUAGAAUGGGACCCCUUGUUUCGACAGUCGUGUAUCGCUCUUUACAGAAACGAGUGCGAGAGUCGGUCCGCGGCGUUGCGGGAGAUCCGACGGCGACUGAAGCGCUGCAACAACCUGCCCGUGUCUCGCAUAUACAUUUCCAUCGAGCGAUUAGUUGUGUUCACGCCCAACAAGGAGCGGCCUCGGGAGGAGCGCUUCCUACUAGCGAGGAGGGUCCACGCCACGCUCAUCAACGAGUGGCAUGCUGCCGCGUGGAGAUCAAAUUUCCGGAUUGCGCCCGCUCGAUGGCGUAGAGUGUUCUCACGGGUCGGCCUCCGCGCAGGUACCCGGAGAAGGCGAGGAGGAAGUCCCACCUCCAGCAGGCGCGCGACAAGGUGGCUGGCGGCGCGCGCAAGGUCAAGGAGAGCAUCCACAAGGUCGCCUACUCCCGUCACGAGACUAAGGAAAGACCGCACAUACAUAGGAUCGGUUCGACGCGAUUGACCCUUGCUUCGAAGAAGGAGGCUCGAAAAGCUGAGAAGGAGGUACGAGACAACGCCGCGGAGCCCCCUCCUGCGGAGAAAGGUGAUCGAUGGAUGACCAUCAAGGUCGCUCUACACGAUGUUGUGAUAAAUCUAGUAGGAUACGACUUCCACUUCAGUCACACGAACCUGAUGAAGCUGAUCGAAGCGUUAGUUGGUGAUGAAGAGUACCCCGAGGAUUAUGAUGAGGAGGAGGAGGGUUUUAUAGUGUUCGAGAAGGCUAAGGUAGAAGAUCUAAAAGUGAACCUGUACGGCGUGAGCCACCGCCAUACACUCUACGAUGGUUUGGUGGAAAAGAUGAGCCACCACGCUGAAGAACAACCUAAGAACAUUGAGCUACCCGAUACUUACGAGUUUGAGUACGAGUAUCGACCAGUAGUACCUUUGACACUAAAGGACGUGACCGUGGCGUCGCAGGUGUUCCAGUCGAAGCGUAGAUUGGCCUUGUUCCUGCACCGAGUGGUUUUCAAGGCCCUGUCGUCGACGGCGCUCGAUGGGCUGGAUCUGGCGGUAGGUGGCGCUUCUACAGCUGUCGAAAAAGUGCUCAAAACAACUCUAGGAGGUGUAGAUAGGCAAGCGUCGAAGUUAGGCGGUCCCUUCAAGGACGUCGUGCAAGGGAGCACGGGUGCCGCUUUGAAUACGUCGGUAGGCGCCUUGGAAGCCACAAAAUCAGUUGUAGAUGGUGUCACGCAUGGUGCUAAAACAAUAACCUCGGGCGUCGUCAACGGCGUGACGCGGGGGAAGGCCUCGGACGUCGCCAAAGGUUUGGGCGACGGCACGGGCGACGUCAUCGAUGGAGUUGACGAGGGGACGCGGACGGCUAUCAGUGGUGUCGCGGAUGGGACCGGGGCGGUCGUCCACGGCGUCGGCGCGGCGUUGCGGUACGUGCCAAUUGUGGGCAAGUCUGUCGGUGGGAUCGUCGACGCGACCGGCCAUGUGGUCACGGGAACCCUGGGCGUCGCGGGCGGUGUGGUCGGUGGGGUUUUGGGUGGCGUCGGGGCCGCGGGGCGCGGCUUGGCGAGAGGUGAUGCUAAAGGUGCCGCGAAAGGAGCAUUCAAAGAGGUCAAGGGGGGCCUGGGUGCCGCGGGUGAUGCUGUGAAACAGGCUGGUAAAGACGCGUCGUCGUCGUUGGGCCGGGGCCUGCGCGACACGAUGCAUGAUGGUGUCAAAGCCGCAAAAAUUUUGUCGUCUACGGAGGGCCAGAGGCGAGCUUUGGGCAUCGCGGCGCCGCGCGAAGCGCAGCCCGUCGGCGACCUCGACGACACCGCGGGCGGCGACGAGCCGCUGCCCGCCGCGAUCACGCCCGAGGCCGGGCCCGGCACCGUAGCGAAAGGCGCGGGGCCUUCGUCGCAAAAAAAGAGCGGCGCGCGGUCCAUUCGCAAAGCGGUCGCGAAAGCAACCGGCAUGCAUGGAACCUUCUCAGGGAAACCAAAGGCGGACCCCGUGCCGCGGCGGCUCUUUCCGGAGGUCGACGACGACUCGGACGACGGGCCGCCGCUGCGCGUGCCGCCCGAGGUGGCCGCCGCGCCGGCUCCUGCUCCGCCCGUCGAGGAGAUCGACGACUGGUAGCGGCCCGUGGCGAUUAAAUUAACAGUAUUCACUCUC